UUCUCCGCCAGCCGCGCAGCCUCCUGGGAGUUGUAGUCACGCUAUUGAAAGCAACUGGUAACAAGAAAACACCAAUUUAACAAGUUUAUACCAUGGAUGGUGCAAAUGAGAAGAAUGACAAAGAUGACCUUCUGCUUAGGGUGGGACUUAAUGAUAAUAAAGCUGGAAUGGAAGGAUUAGAUAAAGAAAGAAUUAACAAAAUUAUAAUGGAAGCCACAAAGGGGUCCAGAUUUUAUGGAAAUGAACUCAAGAAAGAUAAGCUAGUCAACCAACGAAUUGAAAACAUGAUGCAACAAAAAGCUCAAAUUACCAGCCAGCAACUAAGGAAAGCACAAUUACAGGUUGACAAAUUUACAAUGGAGUUAGAACAGAACCGGGAUCUGAACAAUACCAUUGUUCACAUUGACAUGGAUGCUUUCUAUGCAGCUGUAGAAAUAAGGGACAAUCCAGAAUUGAAGGAUAAACCUAUUGCAGUGGGAUCAAAGAGUAUGUUGUCUACCUCAAAUUACCUUGCAAGGAGGUUUGGUGUUCGUGCAGCCAUGCCAGGGUUUAUUGCUAAAAGACUCUGCCCACAACUUAUUAUAGUUCCCCCAAACUUUGACAAAUACCAAGCUGUGAGUAGAGAGGUUAAGGAAAUACUUGCUGAGUAUGACCCCAACUUUGUGGCCAUGAGUCUUGAUGAAGCCUACUUGAAUAUAACAAAGCACUUACAGGAAAGACAGAGUUGGCCAGAGGACAAAAGAAAACAUUUCAUCACAACAGGGAACUCUCUAGAAAAUGAUAAAACAGAAACGGAUAUUAAUAAACUGAGUGAAAUUGAAGGAUCCAUUUCUCCACUACUUUUUGAAGAUACCCCUCCUGAGGAUUCCUGCCCAGUGAUCUUUGAAGAACAAAAUAACCCUCAGCUACUCCAGAAUUCAGUUGUUUUUGGAAUAUCUGCUGAGGAAGUGGUAAAGGAAAUUCGUUUCAGAAUCGAACAAAAAACAAGACUGACAGCUAGUGCAGGCAUUGCCCCAAAUACAAUGUUAGCAAAAGUAUGCAGUGAUAAGAAAAAACCAAAUGGACAAUACCAAAUUCUCCCCAACAGACAAGCUGUGAUGGAUUUCAUCAAGGACUUACCCAUUAGAAAGGUCUCUGGAGUAGGAAAAGUCACAGAGAAAAUGUUAAAGGCCCUUGGAAUUACUACUUGUACAGAACUCUACCAACAUUCAGCAUUACUUUCUCUCCUUUUCUCUGAAACAUCUUGGCGUUAUUUCCUUCAAAUCUCCCUGGGCCUAGGUUCAACACACCUGGCAAGGGAUGGAGAGAGGAAAAGCAUGAGUGUUGAGAGGACAUUCAGUGAGAUAAGUAAAGCAGAAGAACAAUAUAGGUUAUGCCGAGAACUUUGCUGUGAACUUGCUCAAGAUCUGCAAAAAAAAGGACUUAAGGGUAGAACUGUUACUAUUAAGCUGAAGAAUGUGAACUUUGAAGUGAAAACUCGUGCAUCUACAGUUUCAUCUGUUGUUUCUACUGCAGAAGAAAUAUUUGCUAUUGCUAAAGAAUUGUUAAGAACAGAAAUUGAUGCUGAUUCUCCAUAUCCCUUGAGGUUGAGACUGAUGGGUGUGAGACUAUCUGGGUUUCCCAAUGAAGAAGACAAGAAACACCAACAAAGGAGCAUUAUUGGCUUCCUACAGGCUGGAAACCAAACGCCCGCAGCCACUGGGUGCAUACUAAAUAAAACUGACAAAGAUCAGUUUCUGAAACCUCUGGAAAUAUCUCCUAAGAAGAGUUUCUUUGAUAAAAAACGAUCAGAAAGGAAAUGGAACCACAAAGACCAAUUUAAAUGUGACACUGUUGAUAAGCAAAGUUUACAGACAUCACAAUCAUUCCAAACUUUAAAGAAGAUGAAUGAGAACUUAGAAACAUCAGAAAAUUUAGAUAAUGGUCAGGUAUUUACCUGUCCAAUUUGCUUUAAGGAACAAAGAAGCAUCAGUCUGGAAGCCUUUAAUAGACAUGUGGAUGCAUGUCUUAAUGAAUCUUCAAUCAGUGAAAGCUCUACAGUAGUCUCAUAUUUACAUGCUUCCUCCACAGAAGUUAACAAGAAAGAAAAUGUACAUCAUCCUAGUUUGCUUUAUGAGAAGCAAGAUUAUGAAACCCAUCAGAAAAACAUAGAAGUCACUUCAGUAGGUGGUAGAGAUUUGGUAGAAACUAUAAGUGACCCAUCUGAAGCAGAAAGUGUGGAUACUUUAAGUAAUAAACACAGCAUAGAGGAAUGUUCUGGUCUUUCAAACAAAUGGCUUAAUAUUGAUCAUUGUCAUCAGAAUUCUUGUACCGUUUCAAUGAAAAAUGAAGAUGUGGGGUCAUUAAAUCAACAAGCACCCCUGCAAACUUACUUACCUGAAAUGAUGACAAACCAAGCUCUAGUUUGUCCUGUUUGUAACGUAGAACAAAAGACUUCAGAUCUUGCCCUGUUCAACGUGCAUGUGGAUGUUUGUUUGAAUAGAGGCAUUAUCCAGGAACUGAAAAAGGAUAAAGAUAAUCCAGUUAACCAACCCAGAGGAAGCACCAAAAGUACUGGCAACUCAGGCAGAAUCCAGAAGACUGUAACAAAGACAAAAAGGUCAGGAUUGAUGACAAAGAACUCAGCAUCAAAGAAAAUAAAACCCAAUAAUCCCCAAAAUACCAUUGAUACAUUUUUUAAAUGAAUAUCAACCAUUUCAUCAUUCGUUUUAAUUGAAACUUUUUAUUUUAUAGUCAAUGAAUCUAUUUUUCCUCAUUUUAAGUUUAUAAAUCAUUUAAGGAAAGAAAAGUGCAAUAAUCCCUCCUCUGAUGAAGUUCUCCUUAGAAGAAUAUGGAAUAUAUAGUAAGUUAUUUAUGAUACCAGUUUGAUAAUCAUGAGAAUUUUACUGCAUUAUGUAUCAAUUAAAAAACAGAUCAUUUUAACAUAAAUUAAGAAUGGGAUAGGAAAGUGAUUUCUUUCUAAUGUUGUAUAAUGACUAUAAAAACUUAUUUAUGAAGGUUCUCAGAGUUUCACACAAACCUUUUUUAGCAUAAAAUUUUUUGCACUUAACCAUUUUGUUGGCAUUGAACUGCUAUAUAUGACCUUAGUACCUUCUGUGACUUUGUAUUUUCAUAUUUCAGCUACCUCAUAAGUAUUCAUAAUUAAAAUUCAUCAUAAUUCUAUGAAGAAUAUUAGCUUGGCCGAACUAGCGUGAAUGGUUUUGUUACCUUAAAAAAAAUCAUAUGCCACUAAUAUUUUCUGUGUUAAAAAAAUUUUUGCUUAAAACAUGGUUAUUCAUUUGAGUUUUUAAAUUUAAAUUUUCUUCAUCUUAUGAAUAAGUACUUCCGCUUAAAAAUUUCUGAGAUUCACUGAAAAAAAUAUUUAGUCAAGGUAUUUCCUCAUCUAGGGCUUUUAUGUGGCAGUAUUUUACUUCUUGGCAGUUAUGUUUGUAUUUAUAUAAGUAUAUAAAAAGAUAAAUUGUACACUCACUUUAUUUUUAUUAUAACCUAGAGAAAAUGUGCAAUUCAAAAGAUUACUGUCUAUUAAAACAAUUCAUAUAUCUUAGUUAUAUAGGUCUGUCACGUAUUUAUUAAGAUUUGUGAAAGAAGACAGUUUAAUAGUAGUUGCUUAAAACACCUUUGUGCUGUCAGUGUACUUGUCAUAAGAGCAAUUAUUUAAUAAAAGCAUGAAGAAGGAAGCCUGUUUUCUGUUACUGCUGUAGGAAACUAAAUCUUUUGCUGUCUUACUCAGUUUCACUUUUCUUAUUUUUUUGUAUUUUAACUCAUCUAAAUUCAUAAAGACUUAGAACUCACAACCUUUUGUUAAAGUGGCAACUUGACUUUAAAUUAUUUGGUUGUUUAAAAUUAGGUUUAAUGUUUAUCAGCAUGUGAUUUCAUACCUAAUAUUGUAUGUAUGGCAAAUACAAAGUUGUAGAACUGUG